AUGUCGCCCGAAGCAGCAGCCGCCACAGCCGCAGGUAUUGAUGCAGUCGGCAGCGAGGAGCUGCACGGCCCGGCCAAGAAGAUCCGCAUCGACGGGCCGAAGAGCGAAGAGCCCGAGCAGAAGCCGCUGACACAGGAGCACAUCUUUCAUAACCUGCGCCUGCGACGGAUCGUGCGCGAGAACCACAGCAGCACCAUCGCCCAGCUAGCGCUGUACUUCUACCGGCCCAAUGACCUUACGCCCCUGGACGCAAUGGAGUGUGAUGGCCACCACAAGGGCCACGGCCUUGGGGGGCUGUCGCACUACGAGCGCAAGUUUGACAAGCGCGGGGCUGUGCUGCGCGAGAACAACGACAACAGCAAUCUGCUGGGCACAGUUGGUGCCACCCAGGCAAACAUCUACGACAACGAGAAUCAGGGUGACCACUUGGACAUCAUGUCGCACUACCAGCUGCCUGAGGAGUCGGCGCUGCCGUUACAUACGUGCUGCUGGGUGCACACCCCCGACGAUGCGCUGCUGGCCAUGGGCGGAGAGGAUAAGCUGGUGCAUAUCAUCAGCCUGGGCUGGUCGCGAGAGAUCCGGGUGCUGCGUGGACAUACAGGGGCAGUUAUUGAUCUGCAGAUGCAUCCUACAAACCAGAGGCUGCUGGUGUCAGCAGGCAAGGACCGAACGGUGCGGAUUUGGUCGGUUCAGACAGGCGAAUGUCUGUGCCGCUAUGAGACCGACGCGACAGCGGUCCGGUUCCAUCCCGACGGCAAAUCGCUGCUGACAGGUUCCUCACAAGGCGAGAUCCGCCAAUGGCCAGUCCCA